CUUAUCUCCUGAGCCCUGAAAUCACUGAAGAGUGGCUAUGGCAGCAAGACAUUGCCGCAGUAGUCAUGUACCUGCCCGCCGAACGGGCACGUUUGCGACAUUCGCAACAUCCCUUUUGACGCUUGCAGUGCUACGAGGACUUGGACUUUCAGCCUUCCUGGGGGCUUCGGGAGGCGAUGCUGAUCCUUCGACGAUCCGGCCCCUGACUGGACGCCGCCUUCUUCUUCAGGAAUCUGCAUUGGCAGGGACUGCAGCACUGUGGGCCUUGCAGCCUGAAGAAGCAGAAGCCUUCAGGCAGGAUCGGAUCUUCAAUGCCAAGCAAACCUUGGUUCCGAAGAUCCGAAAGUACUACCAGAAGCUUGAAGGGUUGAGAGAUGACCUGAUCUUGCAGGUGGAGUUAGAGGCUGGUAACCGCGUGGACUUCCGCGCACGGCCCGCGGAGUGGUGGUCUGGCAUUGACUCCAAGUUCGAUGGGUAUUUGGUCAGUCCAGGCGUUCUAGAUGCGCGCUAUGGUUGCACACCCUAUACUGUUCAGUCCGGUGGUGUGGCACUGGUGGCUCGUGGGAUUUGCAGCUUCGCGCAGAAGGUUCAGAUGGCCCAGGCUGCAGGGGCCAAGUCCAUUAUCGUUUUCGAUGAAAAAAUGUCCAAGGCGCCCUUGGAACAGCAGAACAAGACUGGCCGCGUGAUCAGCAAGGGCAUCGCGACCUACCAGGCUGGCGAUGCGCUCAGUGGUGCUGCUACUGUUCCUGUCGAGAAGGGCAUGACCAUCAUGAGCUUCCCUGCAGAAGUGGGCAAGCCCGAGGUGGAUGGUGCGAUGAUCCCACGACAAAACGGCACCAGCGUCUUCGAUGCCCUGCAAAACGGAUUGAAGCCCAAGGUACUGGACGUGAAGCGUGCCAAGUUUGAAGAUGGCAUCGAGCGCUUCAUCAAGAAGGACCUUCCCAAGUUGAUGACAGCAAUGGAGGGGUACAGCCUCAUCCAGCGCGUCUCCAAAGCAGACAUGUCGGAGCCAAUCGUGGCGCAGUUGAAGGCUGAUCGCUUGGAGUUCGAACAGGCAGUCAAAUCGAGAGACUACGGCGAGAUCCGACGGACCUUCAAAAACUGGAACGACCACUUGGAUCCAGAGAUUGGUACAUGGGAGCUCACUGAGAGCUUCUGAGGGGACGCAACCGCGGUUGCGCUUGGUGGCGGUGGUGAAGAAUCUGUGGCGGAUUUUCAA